ACCUUCAUUACCGUCAAAUUAUUGCGCAAAAGAGCGCAAUCCCAAAACAAAAUUGUGCACUCGAGAUUGCCAAAACCUGUCUGGAUUAUACUAGGCCUACCUCACUUUAAACGUAUCAGAAUGUCAACGACAGAUCUCAACAAACUUGACACCCUUUUUUGAUGAUAAAUGUUUAAAACGUGUGCUGGUUGUUUUAUGUGUUUGUGGGCCUAUUUGUAAUAGUGAAGGUCUUCAUAUGUCGAUUGGAACAUCAUUCGCGAAUGUCACUUUCCCCUGUUCACUAUAGCAUAGGUCACUGACUAGUGUCACCAACCGCAAGACUCCAAAAGACCUGCAGACCGGUGGAGAUUUUUAUUUAUUGUAAAAAUGAACCUUAUUGGGAGCUACCAGCAUCAUCAUCUGAUGCACGAGACGUUUCCAUUCGUCCAGAGGUGUCAUCAAGAUUAUCCCUACUUCCAAAACUGGGUGGUGAACCAUGGCGAAGUCAACUCUGACUUCCAGAUCCAGAUGCCUUACUCCACGGAGUUCGGGGCUCCGGGUCCGGCGCAAGAAAGCCAGCUGGACGCUCUCUCCGCGUGCAUGGGGAAGAGGAGAGCAUCAGGGCCGAAGAAGGAGCGGAGAAGGACGGAGAGCAUCAACACCGCGUUCACCGAACUGAGAGAAUGUAUACCAAAUGUACCGGUAGAUACGAAACUGUCCAAAAUUAAAACGUUACGACUAGCAACAAGUUACAUUUCCUACCUAAUGGACGUGCUGGCUAAAGACACUGGGGAGACGGAGGGAUUCAAGGCCGAAAUCAAGAAAUAUGAUAGAGAUUUGAAACGGAAACGGGAAACGAACGAUGGCCUGCAAGAGUCAUUAGGAAACGAGAAAAAGUUCAAAGGACGGACAGGUUGGCCUCAGCAAGUCUGGGCUUUGGAACUGAACCAGUGAAUGUUUUGACCUCUGAACAUGCAACCCACUCAAAGACUCCGUAUUCACGCACGUUGCUGCAAGGAAUACAACCACUUAUACUCAUCUACUGUAUAUACGUGCAAUGUUUAAAUUCAAACAAGGUGGACUUGGUAAAAUGCAAUAUUAUGCGAAUAUUUCAACAACUGCCUGUCUUUGUCAUUUGUCGUCUGAGAGAACUUAAAUGAAAGUUGUGUAGUUGUAUAAAUCGUUUUGGUUGUGGAUAGGCCACAACAACGAACGGA